AUGACAACAAAAAACUAUAAUUGGAUAUCAAGAGAUGUAUUCGAUGAAAUAAACAAAGUUCGAACUAACCCUUAAUCCUAUAUAUAUCACUUAGAAUAAAUGCUAACAUGGUUUAAAGGUAAUGUAUUAUAUAAACCUGGUGAAUUAGGUCUAUAAACAGAAGAAGGACCAGAAGCUGUAGAAUAAUGUAUAAACUAUUUAUCAAACUAAAAACCAGUUGCCCCUUUAAAUUGGGAUGACAAUAUGUCUCGCGCAUGUAAUGAUCAUGCUUAAGAUAUCGGUCCUAAAGGAAUAACAGACGGAACCGGAUCUGAUGGUUCAACAUUUACUUAGAGAUUGGAAAAAUAUGGAGAUUGGAUAGGAAAAAUAGCAGAAGCUUUAUGCUUUGGAAGAGAAAAUGCAGUAGACAUAGUUCUUUAAUUAUUAGUAGAUGAUGGAUUACCAAAUAGAGGUCAUAGAAACAAUUUAUUAAGUGGACAAUAUUAGAAAAUAGGUGUAGCUUGCGCUCCACAUAGAGAUUAUAAAAUGUGCACAGUUAUCGAUUAUGCAUCCGAAUAUACAAGGAAAGUUUCCUAAUAGUAAUAUUAACCAUUAUAAUAAUAGUAUUAAUAUUAGUAAUAGCAAUAGUAAUAAUAAUAAUUUGCUUAAAAUUCUACUGUAGCUUCUGGAGCUAAUACUGAUUGGAAAAGUUUGGCUCAAGAAGUGUUUUUAGAAAUCAAUAGAGCUAGAUAAAGUCCUUAAAGUUAUAUUCAUUAUUUACAAGAAAUGAUUAGUUAAUUCUAAGGAAAUAUUCUUCAUAGACCUGGGGAUGUUCCUUUAAGAACUAAUGAAGGAGUAGCAGCUGUUUAAGAAUGUAUGGCGUUCCUUUAAUAACAAAAGCCUUUAUAAGGAUAUGAAUGGAAUGAGAAUAUUGCAAGAGCUUGUUAAGAUCAUGCAAAUGACAUUGGCCCAAAAGGAGUAUGUGGAAAUAAUGGUUCAGAUGGAUCGAAUAUGAGUAUAAGACUUGAAAGAUAUGGAGAUUGGUCAGGAAAAAUAGGUGAAAAUAUAGAAUUUGGAAGUAAAUCAGCAUUAGAAAUCGUAUCUUCAUUACUAAUUGAUGAUGGAGUUGCUAAUAGAGGGCAUAGAAAGAAUAUUAUGUCUGAAGAUUUUAAAAAAAUUGGUGUCGGAUGUGCUCUACAUACUGCUUAUAAAACAGUUACAGUUAUCAAUUACGCUCAAUAUUAUACUCCUAAAGGUCAAUAAUAAUAAUAAUAAUAAUAAUAUGGAUAAUAAUAAUAAUAUGGAUAAUAAUAAUACGGAUAAUCAUAUAUAUAAUAAUAAUAUGGAUAAUAAUAAUAAUAACCAUAAUAUGGAUAAUAAUAAUAAUAAUAAUCAUCUUAUUAAACUACAUAUAAUAAUUCUUAUUCUUAAUAACCUUAAUACGGAGGAUAUUAGCAAUAAUAUGGAGGAGAAGAUGACUAAAUUAAAAAAAAUAAAAAUGUUAAUGUAACAACUUAUUCUUAAUAUCCUGGAUAAAAUGUCUAAAGUAGUACUACUUAAAAUGUCUCAAGUAGUACUACUUAAAAUGUCUCAAUUAAUGAUCCUGAAAUAUAAGCUCAUUUAUAAAAAUUGGGAAUUAACCAAUCUGAUAUUACUGGUGCCAGUUACGGAAAAGAAGUUUAUGAUCCUGAUAGACCUGCAGGCACAAUUAGGACUAGUACUUAGAAAAAAAUUAAUAUUAUUAAUGGAAUCAAAACUAUUACAGAAACUAAAACAUACACAUUGAGUGAUGGAUCAACUAAAAUUAUUGAAAAUACUUAUGAAGAGUGA